AUGGGUAAUUGUCCAACAUGUUCUCCUGAAUAUGAAAGUAAAAGUCUUGAUCCAGUAUGCAAUGGUACACGAAUGUGGACUACAUUUCUUUUCUCAUCGUUGGUUGUACUUUUCACUGGAGCGAUAAUAAUAUUUAUUUCUGAAGCAUUCCAAAAACUAUCGUCUAAAUGGCAUACGAAACAUCCGACAAGAACAAAAAAUGUGAGACAUUUAACUGCUGCUCAAAACAAACGAUACUUUUGGUUUAGUUUAUAUUCUCUUGUCGAUAUUUUUACUAUUCCACCAUCGCUCAUGACUAUAUAUCUCAAUCGAAGUUGGACAGGCUUUCGAUUUUUACGAGCAAUUCCUAUAAUGAUUAUCCCUGAUAUUCUACAAUAUAUGUAUGUAAUUAAACAACCGCGUACAAUUCGAAUCAGUCAAUUGGCAUCAAAAUUUAUUGCCAUCCUAUUUGCAACUGGUGGAUUCGUACAUCUUGCUGAAAAUUCAGGCGAUUUCUUUUGUAAUUUUUGUAAUGCACAAGAAAUCGAUGUUUUUAAUUCUGUAUAUUAUAUGAUUAUUACUAUGACAACAGUUGGUUAUGGAGAUAUUUCUUGUAAGACAUAUAUCGGCAAAUCUUUUGUAUUAUUAACUCUUAUUGGUGGAUUGGCAGUUUUUACAACUAUGAUUCCAGAAUUUUCAAGUCUAUUUCGUUCAAAAGAUCCGUAUGCUAGUCGGUAUCAUAGAGUCAAAGGCAAACGUCAUGUUAUCAUCUGUGGACAUAUUACACCUCAUUCAUUGGCUGCAUUUCUUCGUGAUUUUCUUCAUCAAGGUCGUGACGAAGUCGAUGAACUCGAAGUUGUCAUCAUGGAUAAAAAAACGCCUGAUAUUGAAAUGGAAGCAUUACUCAAACGAUACUAUACAAAAUUACAAUAUUUUGUUGGUAGUAUUAUGAAUAUUGCUGACUUACACCGUAUACAGGUCAAUAAAGCUACGGCAUGUUUAAUCAUUGCUAAUAAAGAAUGUGCAGAUCCUAACAGUGAUGAUUCGGCAAAUAUUAUGCGAGUAAUUAGUUUAAAAAAUUUUAAUCAUCAUAUUCGCAUACUGUUACAACUACUACGAUAUCAUAAUAAAUUAAAUGUUGUAUCAAUACCAGGUUGGAGUACAGACAAUGACGAAAUUAUCUGUAUUUCUGAAUUAAAACUCGGUCUUAUCGGUAUGUCAUGUAUUGCACCUGGAUUUGCUACAAUGAUGACAAAUAUAUUUCGAAUGUCAUCGUACGAUGCUCGGAAAUCCCAGCAAAUGACUCAAAUUUGGCCAUGGCGUGAUUUGUAUUAUCGAGGUGCUGGAAUGAAAUUAUAUCUCGAAGAAAUGCCUUCUUCGUUCUAUGGAAAAUCAUUUGUUGAAAGUGCUCUAAUUUGUUUUAAACUUCAUGUUAUGCUUCUUGCUGUUGAAAUGGAACGAUCAGAUGAAAAUGAUAUUACACGAAUGAUUGUCAAUGUAAUUCCAUGUGAUAAUUGUAUAAUUCUUCCUGGAAGUCGCGCAUUUAUUGUGUGUAUGUCGAAUGAAGAAGCUAAUCGAGUAAAAUAUUAUUGCUCAAUUUGCUAUCCAGUACUUGAUAAUCUUACUGAAUUACAAUUGAAACAGAUGCGAAAAUGUUCACAUAGUGACGAAAUUAAUGUGAAAUUAGAAGAAGAAAUACCAAUUCGAAUACAACCGUUUGAUUUUUCAGAAAAUGAACAUGCAAUUGUUCGUAUAUCAGACACAAAUGUUACUCAACCUCUUUUAUCGUCUCAAUCUGAACAAAUACAUUCGUCAUGUAAAAACUGCUACAAAACGUUAUCAAAAGAGGAUAUAUCAAGUUUUGAUUCCACUGGCAUGUUCUAUUUUACACCACCACGAAACAUAGAAGAUGCUAUUCUUGACACAAAUGUACUUCGAGAAUAUCGUAGUGAAUUUCCAGAGCAACGUUUUGCACAAAAGGAAGCAAUGCCAUCUAAGCAUCCUCUCUAUUUUCGAGAUCAUAUAAUCGUAUGUCUUCAUGCCGAUGAUACAUCACCAACAAUUGGCCUUCGAAAUUUUGUCAUGCCUCUUCGUGCGAGUUCAUUUCGUCGACAUGAAUUACCAACUAUUAUUUUUGUUACGGAUUUAUGUUAUAUUCAACGUGAAUGGGACAUGUUAUCAACUUUUCCCGAUAUAUAUAUUCUUAAUGGUUCUCCAAUUAAUCCUUACAAUCUCAAAUUAAUCUCACUUCAUGAUUGCCGUCAAUGUGUUAUUAUGUCCACUGUCGAUCGUGGAAAUCUAGACACUUAUUUAGUCGAUAAAUCAUCCGUAAUAUGUGCUCUUACUAUUCGACAAAUUCAAAUGAAACGAGUUGGGCUUCUUUCACAAUAUAGUUUAACAGGAAGAGGCAGAGCUAAUCAAUAUAUAACUGGAACAAAACUUCUACGUCAAAACUGGAUUAAUACAUUAACUACACUAACAAUUGAUUCUAAUGUACAGUAUGUUGAGCAAGGACAUACAGAUGAAGUUGAUCUUCAAUUCUUUUUAACUACUCCAUUUGCAUCAGGUACUGCAUUUGCCGACAGUGUACUUGAUUGUAUCUUAAGUUGUGCUUAUUACAAUGUGAAUGCAGUCAAUUUACUUCGAAAUAUACUUGUGGGUGGUAUUGAUGUAGAAUUAGAAGAUAUACUUGCUGAAGGCAAACGAUUUACUCAAUGCAAAUCACCGGAAAUGUUUCAAAAACGGAAACGAGCACGAGUAGCUUUAGUUGCAAUUUGUAAUUUAAUUCCAGAUAUAGAUACAAGAUCAGAUCCUGUAACAUUUAGUUUACUUUUUUGUAAAUCACUUGAAUAUCAUCGUAUGGUAGUCAUGGGUAUUUAUCGUCUUUUGGAUGUAUUGCUUAAAAGAGAUCCAAAUUGGAAAGGUCAUCAAUCAAUAAAUGAUCAAAAACGUAUUGUUAUCUAUUAUCCACCAUAUGAUUAUCACAUGGAUCGAACAGAUAUGGUCUAUGUUAUGCAACAUUCGCAUUUAGAAGAUGAUUAG